AAUGCAAAAUUCCAAACUCGACGGGCUGGAUACUUCCGGCUCGCUGCCGGGCGGCAAGGGUGGCGCAUCAGGGACGCCGUGCGGCGUACACUGCCGUUUAUAGGCAGCGGGAAGCGGCUGAAUGGGUGUUGGAGGCCAGUCGCCACUUGAUAGAGGAGGACAGGAGGACGGUGGCGAAAAGCAUGUGUCACCAUGCCAACACUGCUGACAAAUUUGAUGUUGCUCUGCUGGAUGAGAGGGAAGCAUACCUCAUACGUGAACUCAAGCUCACAGCCCUCCAGUGUGAUCUGGAUCAGCCUGCAGACGUGCAGGAUGAGUACUGCGCUUCCAUUGAGGACGAUGAUGACCAAGAGGAGGCUGCGUACAACGCGGACAACCGAGAGGAGGAGUCGUACGACGCCGACAACCGAGAGGAGGAGGCGUACGACGCCGACAACCGAGAGGAGGAGGCGUACGACGCCGACAACCGAGAGGAGGAGGCGUACGACGCGGACAACCGAGAGGAGGAGGCGUACGACGCGGACAACCGAGAGGAGGAGUCGUACGACGCGGACAACCGAGAGGAGGAGGCCGACGACGUGGACUACCAAGAGGAGGCCUUUGAUGGGGAUGCCCCACUGCAGGUAGGGAACAACAUGCCUUCAGAUGUGCCGAUUCAGUCGUCCACCAAGUCCAAACCCUCUCAUAGAAAAGAGAUGUGCCAAAGUAUUGUGGGAAGUGUGAGACAAGACAAAAGCAGAAACGGACAUGUUUCAACAAAUCCCGUCCACCACCAGGCAAGAUCCAAUUCACCAAGACUGUGCCCCUUGCUGGAAUUACAAAAACAGAAGAACAACAAUGGCUCUGAUCCGACUGAAGUUAGCCCUUUCCACAAGCUCAGUCUGCUCUCUUGGCAGAGUCCCUGGCAUCAACAGUGCCAUCCCCGCAGAGUCUCCGGUGCUGCCAUUGUCUGCAGAGCCUCCAGUCACUGUCGCCACUGUCCUCGCGCCGCCGUCCGCAGAGCCAAUGGUCACCGCUGACCUCGUGCUGCUGAAAACAGAGUUGCCAAUUGCCAACACCCAUGCUUUGCUGCUGCCCACACAGUCUCCAGCGCUCUUAGGGUUAGGGUUAGGUGAGGGGAACCGAACCCUCCCUCUCCCAGUAUAGGGGAAAUAAUUCCCCUUCCGCAAUCGGGGGGGGAGAUGCACGGUCCAUCCCCCUAUGCCAUCUCCCGUCUCCAUUUCCCCAUUCCUGGCGGCGUGCCUGCUGGCCCCGCCGGUCAUAGUGGACCACUUUCCACUCUCCACCAGUCAUCCUUGUUCCAAUUUUCUUUUUUAUUUUUCCAAAUGAAUUGUAUAGAGUCGUCUUUGUUAUUUAUGUAAUAUUUUUUUGUUUUAGAUGUGCUAUUUAUUAAUAGGUAUACAUUUGUAAUAUAUUUGUAAUCAUAACAACCAAAACCCACAAAAAAAAUAAAUAAAUAAAUAAA